AGAGGGCGCUCACAUAUCUGCGUGUUGUUUUUGCUGCAUCUCAAGCAGCCGACCGAGGCCUGAGUGCUGUUUAAAUAUUCAAUUAUUGUUAAUAAUUGAUUCUCCAGACACAAAGGAACCUGGAUGAAGGAUGGCAGGUCAAUUAGAUUGCUUCCAUUUGAAAGGAAGCGAUGGAGGAUUCAACACCAAACAGAAAGACAUCUUCCAGCAACUUGAAUCACUUGAGACCAAGUACAAAAAUGACUUGGUUAAAAGAUUCUCAACGGAUGAUGAUGAGGAUAAUAAAGGGGAACAUCGUGAUGUAGAUGGUUCUGCUUCCUUUAGGGUUCCGAAGACCAUGCCAUCAAAGACAACCAGAGGAAGAGAUCGAUUCAGCGGAGACAGAAAAGAAUGGUCAAACAAUGAAAGUCAAUAUAGAGACUCAGAGUACAAUAAAGACAAGCAUUCCACAUGGAAUAAUAAAAGGAGAAGCAGGCAACAAGACUACAGUAAUCCUGCCAAAUGGACAAAGUACUCUUUAGAAGACACUGACAUUGGAAGUGAAAGUCAGAAUAAAAAAAUUGCUUUCCAGUUCCUUGCAGAACAGCGUGCUCGAAACACAGACUCUACAACAAAUGUUGUUGCAAAUCUAGAUGAUAAAAUCACCUUCUCAAAACCACUUGCAAAAGAAGUUAAUGAUACUGGAAAAACUAAUCCAAAAAUGUAUGGAAAUGUGUUUCGAAUGGAGGAGUGUGUAGUAGGGGCGCCCAAAAAAUUGAAGGCAAAAACAGACAGAAAACCAAAAGCAGAGUCGAUGCCGUCAAUUCAUGUCCAGCUUGACUUAAAAUAUCUAGACGCUUCGGAUGAAGAAGAUCCAUUAACCAAAGGAAAAAAUAAACAAGAGGGUGAAGAAAAAAUCAUGUUUAGGAAAAACAAACAGAGAAAAUCCAUCAGAAAAAGAGAUGAAGAUACUUAGGAAUGAAAUUGAUAAUUGAAUUGAGUGAUGGAAAAACAACUGCCUUUUAAUGUCAACUAAAGUGUUGAAUAUAGAAUGCUGAAAUCAUUGUGAUAUCAAUUGUUUUAACUUGAUUAUAAUUACAUUCAUUUAAAAACAAUAAAUAAUAAUAUUAUCUUUGAAUUUUAA